CCGGAAACUGCCGCGAACGAGACAGCUUCUCGUUCCCGAACUGCGCCUUCAUAGGGGUGUUCGGACUGGUGGAAGAUCGUAUCUUCUCGGGAGAAAUGUCUGUUUUGUGUUAUAAUAAGGGCUGUGGGCAGCGUUUCAACACCGCUGAAAACAACGAUGAAAGUGCUUGUACAUACCAUCCUGGCGUUCCUGUGUUUCAUGAUGCAUUGAAGGGAUGGUCUUGCUGCAAGAGGCGCACAACAGAUUUUUCAGAUUUCUUGAAUAUUCCGGGUUGUACUAAAGGAAAGCAUUCCAAUGAAAAACCUCCUGACCCUGUCAAACCUGAAGUGAAGAUCCCAUCGGAACCAGAGCUGAAACCAAAGAGUAAUCAAUAUGUUAUGCAGAGCCGAAGACCAGUUGAAGCAAUUGUAAGGCCAAGCCCAGAUGCCCCUUUAGUAAGAUUGGAACAAAAGGUUUCUUCGUCAUUGAAGCAAGCACUAGAAAAACUCAAGUUAACUGCUGACAAUGGACCCAGAAAGGAAGAAGAGGAUAGUAAUGAAGUAAAGGUUGGGACUACAUGUAAAAAUGCAGGUUGUAACAAGACGUUUAAAGAUGCAGACAGCAAUGAAGAAGUCUGUGUUUAUCACUCGGGAGUGCCCAUUUUCCAUGAAGGGAUGAAAUACUGGAGCUGCUGUAAGAGAAAAACUUCUGAUUUCAAUUCUUUCAUGGCCCAAGGGGGCUGUACACAAGGCAAGCACAUGUGGACCAAAGCAAAUGCUGUCACUAACAUUGUACCAUGCAGACAUGAUUGGCACCAAACUGGGGGACAAGUCAUAAUUACUAUUUAUGCCAAAAACUCCAACCCAGAGCUGAGUUAUGUUGAAGCAAACAGCUCAGUGCUGCAUAUCCACAUUUUAUUUGAAAGGGAAAAGGAGUUUGAACACACAGUGAACUUGUGGGGUGUCAUUGAUGUUAGUAAAAGUCAAAUGAGUAUGACACCUGCCAAAAUUGAGAUUACUAUGAAGAAAGCUGAACCAAUAUUAUGGACUCGGCUGGAACUACCUCCACCACAGCCUGAGAAAAACGAGCCUGCACCAGAUUCAAAUGAUGAAGAUGAUUGAAAGAAACUGGGACCAAUAUAGGAAAAAGUGGGUGGUGGGUGGAAGUAGAUAGCAACAUUUACUGCUGAAACGGAAUGAAUUGUGUAAUUCUACAAUCUGUAUUCCCAUUUUGCAUACAAUUUUCAUAGAAUAAAUGUUUUGCAAAGCUGAGAUAUUUAUGAACUACACUUGUCUUUAGCUGUAUAGAUUUGUUCAUGUAUUGUAUGAUCUGUAAUAUCCAGUACAUGUAUUAAAAUCAGAAAGCAAUGCAGCAUUCUUACAAUUUUGAUUGAACUCAAAUAAAGAUCACUUAUCUAUUAGAA